AUGAACUGGAGAUCAGGUCAGUCCAUGCUGGAGGUCGCAGGCACGGUGCUGAAGAUGGUCAGAACGCGUCUAAUGGGACCACUGCGGUGGGGCCGGGUCAAAUGGCCGAGUGUAAUGGGAACGGGAGUCCUUUAUCUGCUGCUGCUAUCAACCUGCCUGGGCCAAGAGACGGAAGAUUGGCAAUAUGAGGAAUGUAAACUGUCUCGGUCGGGUCCUCCUGCCACCAUCGUUGCCAUAGAUGAAGAGAGCCCCAACGGAACCUUGUUGGUGGAGAACAUGCAGAUUAAUGGCGUGGCCGAGGGUCCGGAUCGUACCAUCUCUCUUUCCCUAAGGGACAACCACGACUAUUGGGUGAUUCUGGACCCUUCCAAACAAGCCCUUUAUCUCAACAGCACUGGACGCCUUCUGGACAGAGAUCCCCCCUCCUAUAUUCACUCCAUCGUGGUUCAGGUUCAAUGCACCAACGAGCUGAUCGGCACGGUGAUUUUACACGAGGUCCGCAUCGUGGUCCGAGACCGCAACGACAACUCCCCGCGAUUCCAGCAGCCGCGAUACUACGUGGCCGUCAGCGAGUUGACACCAGUGGGAACCACCAUCUUCUCUGGUUUCUGGGGGAACAACGGGGCGGCCGACAUCGACGACGGUCCCAACGGACAGAUCGAGUACAUGAUCCAGUACAACCCCAAAGACCCGACAGCCAACAGAACCUUCGACAUCCCGCUGACACUGUUUGGUUCCGUGGUCCUAAGAGAAAGACUCAACUACGAGGAGAUAACACGCUACCUGGUCAUCAUACAGGCUAACGAUCGGGCCCCCUACCCUAGCGAGCGCCGCACCGCCACCACCACUCUGACCGUGGACGUGCUGGACGGUGACGACUUGGGUCCCAUGUUUUUGCCGUGCACGCUGGUGGGAAACACCCGUGACUGCAGUCCCAUCACGUACAAGGCCAACGUCCUGGAGCUGACAGAGCCGAAUAAAGUCAGUCCUCUCAAUGUGACUCCACCGAUACAAGCUGUGGACCAAGACAGAAACAUCCAGCCUCCGUCCGAGAGACCAGGGAUCUUAUACUCCAUCCUCAUCGGCAAACCUCAGACCUAUGCAGAGUAUUUCAGCCUGAACAGGACCACAGCGGAGCUCGUGCUGCUGAGGGCCAUCGACAGAGAGCUGUACCGCAGAUUUGAUCUGGUGAUUAAGGCAGAACAGAACAAUGGCCACCCCCUGCCAGCGUUCGCCAACCUCCAGAUUGAAGUGCUGGAUGAGAACAACCAGGCGCCCUACUUCCUGGAAACAAGUUACCAUGGCUACGUCAGCGAAGCAUCACCUGUGGGAACCACCAUAGCGACCAGCGGCAGCCUGUCCGCACCACUGGCCAUCGUCGCUCUGGAUAAUGAUGUCGAGGAGACGAAGGACCCUCAGCUCCAGUUCUCGUUGGACAGCUACUCCAACGUGUUCUCCGUGUCUGCGACUGGAAUCAGAAGAUUCGUCACGCUGCUGCAACCGCUGGACAGAGAGACACAAGACUUCUAUACAUUCACGCUAGUAGCGUCAGACGGUGUCCAGCAGAGCUUUCCGGUUACCGUGACGAUAACGGUGUUGGACGCAAAUGACAACACUCCGACUUUCGCCAACGUCUCUUAUAAUGUCAACCUGUUUACUGAUAUGAUGCCUGGAGAAACGGUGCUACAGCUGUCGGCUGUAGAUUCUGAUGCAGGUCCCAAUGGUCAAGUCACCUACCGGAUCUUAGCCGGAGACCAGGAACACUUUAUUAUUGGAAACAGCACUGGGGUCAUUAGUGUGGCGCCGGGUGUUGACCUCGCUGUGGGGCGGAGCUACGCGCUGACCGUGGAAGCCGUGGACAACGGGCCUGCACCUCAGCGACGGUCGUCCAUUACCACCGUCUACAUCGAAGUGUUGCCCCCGAACAACCAGAGCCCCCCGCGUUUCCCCCUGCAGCAGUUCAACCUGGAGAUCAGCGAAGCCAUGAGGACGGGAGCGACGCUGCUGAACCUGCAGGCAGUGGAUCGGGAAAGAGAUCCUAUUACUUACAAAAUCCAUAGUGGAGACCCCCAUGGACACUUUGCACUAAAGGAGAAUUCAGGGUCUUUGGUUCUGGACAAGCCUCUGGACAGGGAGUCUCUGGAUUCUUACACCCUGGUGGUCACCGCCUCCGACGGACAGCCUGAUGGGACGUCCACAGCGAUGGUGAACAUUAUGGUCAUGGAUGUUAAUGACAACGACCCGCUGUUCAUUUCCUCACUGACAGUGAACCUCACUGUCACAGAAGAGCAGGAUAAUGCCUUUGUGGGACAAGUUAAGGCUACAGAUCCAGAUCUGGGCUCCAGUGGUCAGGUCCACUAUCGGCUCGUCAACCACCAGAAGCUCUUUUCCAUCAACGCCACCGGAGCCAUCAGAACCACUGUGCCGCUGGACAGGGAGGUGAAAGGUCACUACUUCCUGAUCGUUGAAGCCUGGGACGGUUCGGUGGACCCCCGGCGAUCCAGGCUAACUCUGUCCAUCACCGUUCUGGACGUGGACGACAACAGCCCGGUGUUCACACAACAAACCUACAAUGUCAACCUACCAGAGAACAGCCCCAAAGACUCAGUCAUAUUACAGUUAAAGGCGAUGGACGCCGACCUCGACUCCAACCUCACGUAUCGCAUCCGAAGCGAAGGCCUGGACCCGGAGAUCACUCGGCUCUUCCACAUAGACCCAGGGACCGGGGAGCUCUCGGUCCGGAAAGUCCUGGACUACGAGGCGCUGAAGGACUCAGAGCCCACGUACAUGUUCACCGUGGAGGCCCUGGACAGAGAGGGGACCAUGCCUCCUGGACUCGCCUCUGUUACCAUCACCAUCAUAGACAUGAAUGACUUUCCUCCGGUCUUCAGCCAGUCGAAGUACCGAGGCAUGGUCGCCCCGAACGCCGUCAAGGGAACCCUCGUGACCACGGUGACGGCCAACGACUCCGACCCUGCGGGCACCCCCGCAGGUCUGGUGCGAUACAAAGUGGACCAGGAAGCGUAUCCAUACUCUGCCAGUAUAUUUGAUGUGGACGAACACACAGGGCAUGUGGUUACCAGAGUGAACCUCAAUGAGGAGCCCAACCUGAAGUUCAAUCUGGUGGUGGUGGCCUACGACGAUGGCGAGCCUGUGAAGGAGAACACGACUCUGGUGGAGAUCACAGUCCUCCAGCCCUCCGUCAUUCCUGUGUUCACCCAGGAAGAAUACAGGUUUGCACCAGUGAGCGAGGAGGCUGAUGUUGGGACUCCGGUGGGAUUCAUUGUGGCAGCUGCUGUCAAUCAAACUAUGGUGUACUCCAUCAUUGAAGGCAACGAGGGAGGGGUGUUCGCAUUAAACGAAACAACGGGAGUGAUUUCCACCGCCAAGCCUCUGGACUACGAGGCCAAUUCCAGCUUCGUUCUAAAGGUGGAGGCCGACUCCAUGAGGGUGGUGUCCUCCAACCUGCGAGCCCCGUCCAAGACUAACACAGCGAAGGUGUUGAUUGACAUCCAGGAUGAGAACGACCACCCACCAGUUUUCACCACAUCUCUUUACAUCGGAGGCGUUGCAGAAGACGCCAAAACCUUCACCUCAGUCUUACAAGUGCAGGCUCUGGACCAAGACACUGGUAACUACAGUUCCAUGAUUUACCGGCUCAUCAUCCCACCUCAGCCUGGCAAAGACACCAAAAAAAGCAAAGACGGAUUUGUCAUCGAGCCGUACACCGGCGUGGUGAAGACGGCGAUCAUGUACCGCAACAUGAGGAGGUCGUAUUUUAAGUUUGAGGUGGUUGCUACGGACAACUAUGGACAAGGACACAGCAGCAAGGCAGAGAUAGUGGUGUCGGUCGUGAACCAGCUGGACAUGCAGGUGGUCGUAUCCAACGUCCCUCCAACCUACGUGGACAAAAACAAGAGCAAGCUGCUCAGCAUUUUGGAACGCUACGUCCAGGAUCAGAUACCAGGAGCGAAGGUUGUCGUGGAAACCAUCGGGCCCCAUCGCCAUGGUGACGGGAUGGAGCAGGAGGACUACACCAAGUCGGACCUCAUGAUUUAUGCCAUCGACCCGCUGACAAAUCGAGCCGUAUCCAGACAGGAGCUCUACAAGUUUCUCGACGGUAAACUGUUGGACAUCAACAAAGAGUUCCAGCCCUUCCUCCCCCCCGGCGGGCGGAUUCUGGAGAUCCGAACCCCGGACGUGGUGACCAGCGUCAAGAAAGCCAUGCAAACCGUAGGCUACACAGAGGGGGCGCUGUUGGCCCUGGCAGUGAUUAUCAUCAUCUGUUGCGUCCCUGCUAUAUUGAUCGUUAUCAUCACCUACAGACAAUUCAAAGAACGCCAGGCGGAGUGUGCCAAGACAGCCCGGAUCCAGAUGGCGCUGCCAACAGGCAAACCUGGGGGAGGCACUGCCAACAACCUGUAUGAGGAGCUGGGUGACAACGCCAUACGUGGAUAUGGACAACAGGAGACACAACAACUUCUGCGACCUUCUCUGCUCAGACCAGAGGAGUUAUCGAUGGAAUCUGGCAUCGACCCCGGACAGGACUACUACACACAGGAUUAUUACAACUAUGAACACGGGUACGAGCUGCCUCAGUACGGGAGUCGCAGGAAGCUGAUCUCCCCCUCCGGCCUCUACGAUGAAUAUGGAGAAGUUGUUGUGGACGAUGACGGCAGCUACUACUACAGCCCGCAGGAGUCUGACGCAGAGCAUGGCUGCAGAAAACAUCGGAUCAAGUUGGUGACGGAUCGGGAGUAUGAGACCAGCUCCACCGGCGAGGACAGCCUGCCCGAUCCCCAGCGCAGCCGCUUGUCCUCCACCGUCAACAGCCACGCCAACGUAAACGGCAGCGUCUACAUGGCGCAGAACGGCUCCAUCAUCCGCACCCGGCGCUCGGUCAACGCCACGCUGCCCACGCACCCGCACGCCACCACCAACAACAACCUCAAACUCGCCUCCCCCGUCUUCAGCACACGGCUGGCCAAGCACUUUAAAAAACUGGACAAAAUGGCCGCCACGUUGGAGGAGCGAGUGCCUCUGAACAACCCGAGGACGGCGGCGGACGGCGGGUGCCACACGCUGCGCACCUUCCAGAGCUCGGGGGUGGCCGCGUCCGCCACGGCCGCUUCCUCUUUGUCUAACGCCGACCACCACAAAACAGUGAACGUGUUCAACACUCGACAAUCCAGCGUCUCUCUGGGCUCGACCGGCGGCGGCAACACGGGCCCUGAGAGCGCCGCGUCCAAGUCCAACCUGCUCAAAGCGGCGCAGGGCGGCGGCGAGCAGCAGCAGCCGCAGAGCACAGCGGAGACGGGCGAGUUGAGAGAGGGAGAGAGAGAGUCGCGAGUGGACGUCGGGGAGGAGGAUGAGGACGACGGCCUGGUCAUGAGGGAGCCGCUGGAGUGCCCGAGCGACCGGACGCAGUCGGACGAGGAGGAGCUCUGGAUGGGUCCGUGGAACAACCUUCACAUCCCCAUGACCAAACUCUGA